UGGGCUGUGGAAUGAAACAUGUGCCGAGUUGGUACCCAUGUGCUGGAGUCCUGACAGCCCGCAGCAGUAGAUGCAGCCUCCCGCAUCCGGCAGAGCAGAGGAGGAGGAGCCGAGCGCAGAGCUCCACGCAGGGCAGUGUCAGCAAGAGGCAGCCGCAGGGAGGAUCCGGGGACACCGGGGCUUCUGUGACUCUCACCGACAUGGCUGAAGUGAGGAAAUUCACCAAGAGGCUGAGUAAGCCCGGCACCGCGGCAGAGCUGAGGCAGAGCGUGUCCGAGGCGGUCCGGAGCUCUGUCAUCAUGGAGAAGGCAAGGAUGAUUGAGCCUUUGGACUACGAAACCGUGAUUUCACAAAGAAAAGCUCAGAUUUUCAGCGAUCCCCAUCGAGAUAUGCUGAUGUUUCCCAUGGAAGAUGUGUUUAUCUCUACAGUAGGUCGUCAGCAGAGGACUGUCCAAUCCACAGUGCCUGAUGAUGCCGCAAGCAAAGCGAGAAGCUUGUUUGUGAAAGAGUGCAUAAAAUAUUACAGUUCUGGAUGGAAGGUCGUGGACUACAAGUAUGAUGAAUAUUCAGGUGAUUUUCGCUCCCUGCCCUGCAAAUCAUUUCGGCCAGAGAAGACUCCGAGCCACGUCUUUGAAAUAGAUGAAGAUUUUGACAAAGAUGAGGAUUGCUCAUCUAUUUGCUCUCAAAAGGGAGGAAUCAUUAAACAAGGUUGGCUUUAUAAGGCUAACAUAGGAACCACCAUCCCGGUCACAAUGAAGGUGUUUCGGAGAAGAUACUUUUAUCUGACCCAGCUCCCGGACGGCUCCUAUAUCCUUAACUCCUACAAGGAUGAGAAAAACUCGAAGGACUCUAAAGGCUGCAUUUUCCUGGAUUCCUGCAUUGAUGUGAUCCAGUGCCCAAAGCUACGUCGUAAUGCAUUUGAACUAAAAAUGCUGGAUAAAUCCGGCCAUCAUCUGGCUGCCGAUACGGAACAGGAGAUGGAGGAGUGGCUGCUAACAUUGAAGAAAAUCAUCCAGUUUAACGCAGACAGUUUGGCGCAGGAGAAAAAAGACACCGUGGAACCUGCCCAAGAGGAUGAAAGCAGCACCCAAGGGAAGACAGAAAACAUCAUGGAAAGUCUGGAAAGAAGCAUGCAUCCUGAGCUGGUGAAGUAUGGAAGAGAGACGGAGCAGCUGAACAAGUUAAGUAGAAGUGAAGGACGACAAAACCUGUUUUCAUUUGACUCUGAUGUCCAGAGACUGGAUUUCUCAGGGAUUGAGCCAGACAUAAGACCCUUUGAAGAGAAAGUCGGCCGACGUUUCAUUGUCAAGUGUCAUGAACUAAGCUUUAACAUUUUAAUGAACAUAACAGAAAAGGCAGAUGGAUCCUUAACAAAUGUGGAGCCAUUCUUUAUCAGUCUAGCGUUGUUUGAUAUUAAAAAUAACUGCAAGAUAUCAGCUGAUUUCCACGUGGACCUCAACCCUCCGGCAGUACUAGACAUGUUGGCUGACCCCUCAGCAAAAGAGGGAAACUCCAAGAGAGCUUCGGCGAGCGACAAUACUAUCCAUGACAUUCCCGCAUCACAUCUUUACUACAUGACGGAGGCCAUUUUUUCAGUGACAAACCCUCAUCCUGAAGUUUUCCUGGUAGCACGAGUGGAAAAAGUAUUACAGGGAAACAUCACACACUGUGCAGAACCGUACAUCAAAACCUCAGAUCCUGCAAAGACCGCUCAGAAAGUGCAUAAGAUUGCCAAGCAGGUAUGUAGCCGGCUGGGUCGAUAUAAGAUGCCGUUCGCUUGGACUGCAAGGCCGUUAUUCAAGGACACACAAGGGACCCUGGACACUGAAGGAAAAUUCUCUCCUCUGUACAGACAGGAUAGCAGCAAAAUCUCCAAUGAGGAUCUCCUUAAGCUGUUGGCAGAGUACAGAAAACCCGAGAAAACAAAACUUCAAGUUAUUCCUGGAUAUCUGAACGCUUCAGUCGAUUGCGUUCCUCUUGACUUUUCAAACUGCGUCACCUCGUCUUAUGUCCCCAUCAGACCGUAUGACAGAGAAAACCAACAGAUUGCUGUAGAGGUUGAAGAAUUCGUGCCGGAACUCACAAAAUACUGCUAUCCAUUCACUACCUUCAAGAACCACUUCUAUAUCUAUCCUCUGCAUCUGAAAUACGACGGCCAGAAAACAUUUGCAAAGGCAAGAAACAUCGCAGUCUCCGUGGAAUUCAGAGAUUCCGAUGAGCCUGAUUCCCAAGCACUGAAGUGUAUUUAUGGUAAACCCGGAGGACCUCUGUUCACCACCAGUGCGUACGCUGCUGUUUUGCACCAUAACCAAAGCCCUGAGUUCUACGAUGAGGUGAAAAUUGAACUUCCUUUACACCUUCACCAGAAACACCACCUGUUAUUCACGUUCUACCAUGUCAGCUGUGACAUCAAUUCCAAAGGCGGCAGCAAGAAACACGACGGCGCUGAAGUGCCUGUUGGGUACAGCUGGGUCUCUCUGUUGAAAGAUGGUCGGAUUAUGACCUCCGAGCAGCAGCUUCCAGUUUCGGCCAAUCUUCCCGCAGGAUACCUGGGCCACAGCGAUCCUGAGACAAAAAAGGCCAGCAGCGACAUUAAAUACGUAGAUGGAGGGAAACCACUCUUCAAGAUCCGGAGCCACUUAGAGUCCACUGUUUACACACAAGAUUUGCAUCUGUACAAUUUUUUUGAAUAUUGCCAGAAGAUUCAGUCGGGAUCCAAAGAUGUUCCAGGGGAUCUUGUAAAAUAUCUGAAGUGUUUACAUGCCAUGGAGGUCCCGGUCAUGAUCCAGUUUCUGCCCGUAAUCCUCAUGCAGCUUUUUCAAGUUUUGACAAAAGUAUCCAAUGAAGAUGAGGUAGCUUCAAACUGUACAUUGGUUCUUCUACAUAUUGUGUCGAAAUGCCACGAUGAAGGGUUAGAACAUUACCUGAGAUCCUUCAUCAAGUAUGUGUUCAAAACCGAGAAAGCAAGUUCUGCUCUAAGCAAAACAAUGCAUGAGAUUCUGGUAACUACAAUGAUUACCGUACUGAAGCAAUCCGCAGACUUCCUGGCGAUUAACAAGUUAUUAAAGUAUUCCUGGUUUUUCUUUGAGGCUCUGGCAAAAUCUAUGGCCAUGCACCUGAUAGAAGAGAACAAGAUCAAGGUUCCCAGGCCUCAGCGGUUUCCUGAUUCUUAUCAAAAUGUCUUGCACUCAUUGCUUCUCUCAAUAAUACCACAUGUCACCAUAAGGUAUGGUGAGAUUCCAGAGGAAUCUAGAAACGUGAACAUGAGUUUGGCAAACUUCAUCAAGAGGUGCCUCACUUUCAUGGAUAGAGGUUUUGUCUUCAAUCUUAUCAAUGACUACAUGUCUGGAUUUAGUCCCAAAGACCCCAAGAUCCUAACAGAAUACAAAUUUGAGUUUUUACAAACCAUCUGCAACCAUGAACAUUUUAUCCCUCUGAAUCUACCAAUGGUGUUUGCCAAACCCAAACUGCAGCGUGUUCAAGAUUUGAAUCUGGAGUACAGUUUGACUGAUGACUAUUGCAAGAAUCAUUUCCUGGUUGGCAUGCUUUUGAGAGAAUUAUUGCAUGCAAUUCAAGAGAACUUUGACGCCAGAUAUAUCGCCAUCUCAACUUUAAAGUACCUGUUAAUCAAGCAUGCCUUUGAUAACAGAUACCAGCACAAGAACCAACAGGCAAAAAUCGCUCAGCUGUAUCUUCCUUUGAUCGGAAUGCUCUUAGAAAACAUGUCGCGGUUUACUGGCAAAGAUUCCUCCAUACCCUCUACAGCCAUGUCUAAUUCUGCUUCCAGGGACACCUUUAUCUGCAGCUUCUCCACAUCAUCCAACAGAUCGAGCCUAAUCAUGGACAAAGAUACAGGCUUCAACCCCUCAUUUCCCAAUGGCUGUGCAAUGAAAAGAGAGGACUCCCGAGGAUCCAUCUAUGCAGAGGGGACAGCUGAACAAAGCACCAAUGGUGAAAAUAUGCGUAGAAGUUCCACUAAGAGCACUGUUUCACAUUACAGUCGAUUGGAUCCAUAUGAGAUUAGAAGCCUUCUCAUCUGCUACCUGUACAUAGUCAAAGUGAUUUCAGAGGACUCUCUGGUCAGCUACUGGAAUAAAAUAACUCCACAGGAACUACUAAACUUUCUCACACUUCUAGAGGUUUGCUUAUACCAUUUCAGGUAUACUGGAAAACGGAACAUGGGAAGAGUUCAAGACAUAUGGGUAUCUAAACACUUUGGAGCCGACAGAAAGUCCCAGACCAUGCCUGCUCUAAGAAGCAGGACAGGAGCUUUCCAGGCACGUCUACAGCAUCUUAGCAGUAUGGAAAGUUCCUUUACCCUUAACCACAGUUCAGGUACAUCCGAUGCAGACAUUUUACAUCAGGCAUUGCUCGAAGGGAACUGCGCCACUGAAGUGUCCUUGACAGUCCUGGACACCAUUUCUUUCUUUACCCAGAUCUUCAGGACACAACUACUCAACAUGGAGUGUCACAAUCCUCUCAUGAAGAAGGUCUUUGAUAUCUAUCUGGCUUUUAUGAAAAAUGGGCAGUCUGAAAUAUGCCUAAAGCAUGUCUUUGCUUCUCUACGAGCCUUCAUCAGCAAGUUUCCUUCUGCGUUCUUUAAAGGAAGAGUGAACAUGUGUGCAGCGUUCUGCUAUGAGGUUCUUAAGUGUUGCAAUUCAAAGCUCUGCUCCACCAGGAAUGAGGCAUCUGCUCUUCUCUACCUACUCAUGAGGAACAACUUUGAGUUCACAAAGAGGAGAACAUUCCUUAGGACACAUCUGCAGAUUAUAAUCGCUGUUAGCCAAUUGAUUGUAGACGUGGCUCUUAGUGGUGGCUCAAGAUUUCAAGAAUCACUUUCCAUAAUUAAUAAUUUUGCAAACAGCGACAGAGCAAUGAAGUCAACUGCUUUCCCCUCAGAAGUCAAAGAUUUAACUAAAAGGAUCCGUACUGUUAUCAUGGCCACAGCCCAAAUGAAGGAGCAUGAGAAGGACCCGGAAAUGCUGAUAGACCUUCAGUAUAGUUUGGCAAAAUCCUACGCAAGUACCCCCGAGCUCAGAAAAACAUGGCUUGAGAGCAUGGCCAAAAUCCAUGUGAAAAAUGGAGAUUACUCAGAGGCUGCAAUGUGCUACAUCCACGUGGCUGCUCUAGUAGCUGAAUUUCUCUUCAGAAAGAAAUUAUUCCACAGUGGGUGUGCUGCAUUCCGGAAAAUCACUCUCAAUAUCGAUGAAGAAGCUGGAAUGAAGGACGACGCUGGCAUGAUGGAUGUUUACUAUAGUGAGGAAGUUCUCUUGGAGUUACUUGAGCAAUGUGUGGAUGGCUUGUGGAAAGCAGAACGUUAUGAGACAAUUUCUGAGGUCUCAAAGAUGCUUGUUCCAAUUUAUGAAAAAAGGCGGGAAUUUGAGAAACUUACCCAGCUGUACAGGACCCUUCAUGGUGCAUACACAAAAAUCAUUGAAGUCAUACAAUCUGGAAAAAGGCUUCUAGGAACAUAUUUCAGGGUGGCCUUUUUUGGACAGGCUUUCUUUGAGGAUGAAGAUGGUAAAGAAUAUAUCUAUAAGGAACCAAAACUCACAGGACUCUCUGAGAUAUCCUUACGGCUUCUAAAUCUGUACGGCGAAAAAUUUGGUACAGAUUCAGUGAAAAUGAUUCAAGACUCUAACAAGGUGAACACAAAAGAUCUUGACACAAAGUUUGCACAUAUUCAAAUAACAUACGUCAAGCCGUAUCUGGAAGAGCAGGAGCUCCUCGACAGAAAAACAGAUUUCGAGAAAAACCAUAAUAUCAGCCGGUUUGUUUUUGAAACGCCGUAUACUCUCUCAGGGAAAAAGCAUGGGUCUGUGGAAGAACAGUGCAAGAAAAGAACCAUUUUAACAACCUCCAACGCUUUUCCAUACGUUAAGAAGAGGAUACCUGUCAUCUAUGAGCACCAGGUUGAUCUGAAGCCUGUGGAUGUUGCCAUUGAUGAGAUAAAAGACAAAACAGCAGAUCUGCAGAAGAUAUGUUCAUCCGUGGAUGUGGACAUGAUACAGCUGCAGCUCAAACUCCAGGGUUGUGUAUCGGUACAGGUAAAUGCAGGGCCGCUGGCGUAUGCCAGAGCAUUCCUCGAUGACAGCUGCUCUAGCAAAUAUCCAAGCAAAAAGAUCAAAGAAUUAAAGGAUCUGUUCAAGCAGUUUGUCCAAGCAUGCAGUACAGCUCUGGAGUUGAACGAACGGCUCAUCAAAGAAGAUCAAUUUGAAUACCACGAGGGCUUGAAAUCCAACUUUAGAGAAAUGGUAAAAGAACUGUCCGACAUUAUUCACGAGCAGAUGUUUCAGGAAGACCCCAUGCACCCAUCCUGGAUGCAGAAUUCCUUACACGUGUUUCAUGCAAUCAGCGGGACCUCAACCGAAUGAAUCACCAGUAAAAAGUACAAAAAGUACCGAAAAUGAUCAAAACCCACACUUAUCGAUCUCAGGAAGAAAAGAAGCCUAGACAGCCUUACACAAUGAGACUUUUCAAUGCGCCAAAGAUUCUAAACUUUCACCGGAACCAGUUGUGAAAAUGUUAUAUGAUGCAGUUUCAGGAAAAUUAUAUGUGUAUAGUAAAAAGGUGUAUUUCUAACCACACACAGGUGUGCUAUCGUGGCUUUAUCUCUACUUAUGGGGCCUUUAAUUCAAUUACCUCUGUGUUUAGAGACUCAUCUAAUUACUAUAAACCCCAUGUUUCUGCUGUAA